UCGUAUCGUAAAAAAAUUCAGUUGGUCUUUGGAGGACUUUUGAGUCUUGACGGUGCCAUUAAUUUCAAAGAAAAAACCAGCCGCCAGCAGGUGGAUCUGGUUAAUAAUUUUGGACCCUCUCUCUGGAAUCUACGUAAUGUAAGAGGAUGAGGAGGAUCACUUUGUGAGUCCAUGUCUUUGAUGCAUAGUGAUGGGGCGUACUGCGCAGUCUGUCUCUCGUUUCUUCUCUCGUCAGAAGAAGAAACAAAAUGAUUGGGCGUUUCCAGAAGAAUUAUGCCGUCGUUUUACACUUGCUGAGAUCAGUGCAGCAACUCAAUGUUUCGACCAAACCUUAUUUAUUGGUAAGGGUGCCUUUGGCACAGUAUACAAAGGGCGUAUUAAGGUCGAUGGGGAUGAGGACAGGAUAGACGUCGUUGCAAUCAAGCGCUUUUCCGAAGAUUCAAUACAGGGAAUGCCUGCGUUCAGGGUGGAGGUACAGCUACUCUGCCAGCUGCGCCACCCCAACCUCAUCCCUCUCAUCGGAUUCUGCGAAGCGAAUGGAGAGCGUAUCAUUGUCUUCGACUACAUGCCCAAUGGUAAACUCUCUGAUUACCUCUUUCAUCCUUCCAAUAUUAAAAAUAAAGAUCCCUUUCCCUUGACUUGGAAGCAAAGGCUGAAAAUUUGUAUUGGGGUGGCGUGCGCAAUACACUACCUCCACGCAGGGGUUAAGCAUGCGAUCAUAAACCGAAACGUGAGUUGCCACAGCAUUCUAUUGGACCAUAACUUGGUGCCCAAGCUUUCCAGCUUCGGGUUGUCCAAGAUGGGUCCUCCUGCCUUGUCAAAUGCAUUAAUCAAAAUGAACUCGAACCUCACCGGUACAUUUGGCUAUGUUGAUCCAGAGUAUUUAGAUUCCGGCAACGUUACCGAAAAAUCUGAUGUCUACUCAUUUGGAGUGGUGUUAUUAGAAGUGUUGUGUGCCAAAUCUAUUCUAAUAUUGUCAAAUGAACGCCCCGACAGCGGUGAGAUCUUCCCGGAUCUGAUUGAUCCAUUUCUGAAGGGAAAAGUAGCUCCGGAAUGUUUGAAAAAAUUUAUGAACAUCACCGUGAGAUGCCUGCGUCGGACAGGAGCUGAACGGCCCACGAUGGGUGAAGUGCUGGUGGAACUUGAGUGCGCACUGGAGUUGCAGGAAAGCGCAGACGCCGUCAAGCAGCUCAAGGAGUUGGGGACAAGUGCAAGCACUUCUCUUGCUCCUCCUCCUGCCCAUGACAUGGAGGACUAUACCUACGAAAAUAUAUCAUUUUCUGAGAUCAAUGAAACUUUCUGUAUAUUAGUGAGAUUCAUUUAGUACUGAUGAGGCAGCUUCUGUUGAUAGCA